GGGAGGUACAAGCUCGGUAGGAGAGAAUGUAAAACAGAGCAGUUGCCAAUGGAGAAGCUGGAGGAGAGAAGUGGGAGAGAGAUAAGAAGACAGAGGAGAGAGGGAUGGAAACAAGGAGCAGAAUUUGGUGAUCUUACUAUGGCUGAAUCACUAAGUGAAGUUUCUGGCAGUGUGGAAGUUCUGGAGGCCAGUGAUGAGGGAAAGAAGAAAUCCAAAUUUAAAGCCUUGAAGAGUUUUUUUGGCAAGAAGAAGAAAAAAGAGCCCGAAGAGGCCCAGGGAGAGAGGAGGCUCCAACCAAGCUUGUCCAGCAGCAAUAUCAACAUCUCUUCUCUGAAGCCAAUUCAGGAAGAUCAACAAAGCAAGCCGAGGGCCAAGAGCAGCAUGAGGAUCAAAGCCCUGUCCCAUGACAGCAUCUUCACUUUGGAGCCUGAACCUAAAAGAUCAGCAAGCAAAACAUACCCCUCUCCUGAUGUCCAGAGAGGCAGACCUCUGCAGAGAUCUCAUGGUUUUAGAACUCUGCCUAGAGCUGGGACUGGUAGUAUGCAUGGAGCUGUGUUUGGAGCUGUGCCCCGAAAUGUGCCCAAGAGCACGGAGAUCCCACCACUGCGCCCACGCCAGGCCAGCAACAGCCCACCUCUUAUCCGGUCUGACACAAUCUCUAAGGACUCUGAAGAAAGCUCUGCUGAUGAAGAGUCACCUAAGAGCCCACGAAAGAAGGUUUCUUCAUACAAGGUCAUGACAUUGAAGAAGAGAUCCUUUCGGCCCUCACCUGGACCUGUUCACUCACAGUCCUUGAACACGAUUGCCAGGCUCCCCUCUUCCAGCAGCACCCGGGUGCCUGUUGGUUUCAGCACCCCAGCCAACACCCAAGGCUGUUUGGAUUCUUCGGCUGCUCGACACAAGAUGGCUUUAAACCCCCGGAAACAAAAGAAGAAGAGCUUUCAGGUGAAACCAAAGCAAGAGGAGUCAAGCCUUCCACUGGUUUCUGAAGAAGAGAAGAGUACAACCAGACCAAAAGAAGCUGACCAAAGGAGGCCGAAAAGAGACAGUGCAGGUCCCUCAAGCCAGAAACAGAGCAACAGAGCUGAGAUUUAUGAAAAGAAGACAACAGAUCAGGCUGCAAACAAAGAUGCCGCUGGGAGUCAGAGCUACCAACUUUCCCCAGUAUACGGAAGGCGACGUGGAAGAAGAGGAUUAAGUACUUUGGGGACGAAUGAGCGUGGAUCCAGAAGAAGAAGCUUUAAACAAUCCAGUAGAGCCCUUGGCCUAGGUGACAGAGCUGGGUCCCCACCUGCUGAUAAGACCUCCAGGGACAGCCCUUUCUGGCAUCUGCCCUUGGAGAAGCAAGUUGUAGAGCAACGCACAACUCCACAAACAGAAAGUGCCGCGCCGCUGGAGCUAUUUUCAGAUAAAAACGACGUGGGAAGUAGAAAUGCCGGUGUAGACUUUGAUGCCAGAAAAGCAUCAGCAUCACAGUCAAUACCUGAAGACCUGCAAGAGUCCAUGGUCACUGGUCUCUCACCAUACCAUGAAGAUGGGGCUGCUGGAGCCAAGAAGACGGAAGCCAGAGCUGCUCUCUCACCAGUGGUAGAAAACCUUUCCACAACCCAAGAUGUCAUUUUCUCAGUGCCAGUGAAGGAUCAGGUGUUUAUGGACCCUUCUGACAUCCAGUCAGAAGAGGAAGGAGCUUCCAGCUUUGAUCGGAAGAGUGUCCGAUUUAAAGUGAAGUCAGCUCAAAAUCCCUGCAGAGAAAAGCCUCCUGGCAAUGUUCUCCAGGCCUUCACAGCCAGCGUUUCAGGUACAGUGAGUGCUUUGGCAGACAGAGGCUCUUCUGCAGAGGGGAAGCCUCCCAGAAGCUUUUCCCGGUAUUCUUCCCGGUCCUUGGGGAAGCCCGAAGCUGAAGCUGGCUUCUCUGAUUCAGAGAGCGCUUCGGAGGAGGGGAGUGGUUCUGCGCAGCGGCCGGCUCCCAGACACUCUUCCCCGUCCUUGAGGAAGUCCAAAGGUGGCCAAGAAGUCUUCGCAGAAUCAAGUUUUGUCGAGCACAUGAGCAGUUCUGAUGAGCAGCUGGCUCCCAGGUGCGCUCCCCAGGCUUUGGGGGAGUCUGAGGAUGACCCCUCCACAGGAUCAAGUAGCUAUGUUGAAAAGUACAACAGUGCUGAGGACUGGAGCAGCUCUGAGGAAGAUCUGCCUCCCAGAUGCCCUUCCCAGGCCUUGGGGAGGCCCAAAGACCAAGAAGAAGUCUCCUCGGUUUCAAAGAAUGCACCUGAAGUGUCGGGUGUUUCUGUGGAGCAGAUGCCUCCCAGGCGCCCAUUCCAGUCCUGGGUGAGCCCUAAAUUACAGCAACAAGCCUCUGCGGGUCCAAAGAGCGCUGCCGGGGAGUGGGACAUUUCUGUGGAGCCGCUGCCUCCCAGAGUGCCUUCCAAGCGCCUGAUGAGGCUGAAAGUUGAGCAACCGGUCUCUGCAGGUCCAGAAGUUACUACUAGUGAAAGGAUCACUUCCGUGGAGCUGCUGCCUUCAAGACAUCCUUCUCAUCCCCCAACGAAACCAAUAGCUGAGCAAGACAUCUCUGCCUGUCCAGAGAGCACAGCUGUGGAGGGGAACAUGUCUAGGGAGCUGCUGCCUCCCAGACGUCCCUCCCAGGCUCUGGUGAGACCAGUCGUGGAGCACCAAUUCUCCUCGGGUGCGGAAAGUGCCAUGGUUGAGAAGAGCAUUUCUAUGGAGCUGCUGCUUCCCAGACAUCAUUCUCAGCCCCUGAUGAGACCUCUAGCCCAGCAACACGUCUCUGCAGGUCCAGAGAGUGCUGUGGCAGAAGGGAGCAUUUCUAGGGAGCCUCUGCCUUCUAAAGUUCUUGCCCAGCCCUUGAUGAAUGCUAAAGCUGAACACAAUGUAUUUUCAGAUUUGGAGGGUGUUUCUGCUGAGCAGAUUAUUCCGGUGGAGACACUGCUCCCCAAAUAUUCUCCCCAGUCCUUGACAAAUCCUCAAGCCCAGAAAAUCUUCUCAGAGAACACUGCUGUAGAGGAGGGCAUGUUCGGGGAGCUGCUGCCUCCCAGACACAGCUUCCAGCAGUCCUGGGUGAGCCCCAAAUUUGAGCAACAAGCCUCUGCGGGUCCAGAGAGCGCUGCCAUGGAGUGGGGCAUUUCUGUGGAGCCACUGCCUCCCAGAGUCCCUUCCCAGCCCCUGGCGAGGCCAGUAGUCAAACAAGCAAUCUCUGCAGGUCCAGAGAGUGUUCCUUCUACCGAGCUGCCGCUUGCCAAACAUUCCUGGUCCAUUGUGAGGCGUAAAGUCCGGCAGAUGUCAAGUUUGGAGAGCGCUGCUGUCGAGGUGGGCAUUUCUGGGAGGCCACUGCCCCCUAGACAUCCUGCCCAGGUGGCAAAAAAGUCUAAAAUUCAGGAAAUGUCCUCACGUCUAGAGAGCAGUACUGGUGAAGAAGACACAUCUAAGAAAAUGGUGCUUUCCAAGCGUCCCUCCCAGUCGUUUGUCAAGUUUAUGGCCCAGCAAAUCUUUUCAGAGAGUCCUGCUGUUGAGGAGGGAAAUUAUGUGGAUCCUCUGUUUUCAAAUCCACCUUCCAAAUCUAUGUUGAGGCCAAAAGUCGAGCACCAAGUUUUCUCAGGCUGGGAGAGUGCUGAUACCGAGGGAGGCAGUUCUUCCAAGCUGCUGCCUAUGAAAAGCCCUCUGGAGGGCUUGAGGAGGCCAGAAGGCUCGCAAGAGGUUUUUGCCCAUUCAGAGAGUGGUCAUGUGAAGUGGAGCAGUUCUAAGGACCAGCAGCCUCCCAGACACCUUGCCCCGGCUUUGGGGAAGCUGGAGUACCAGCAAGAAAUCUCCUCGGCAUCUGAGCGCUCUCGUGGAGAAUGGAGGAGUUCCGAAGAGCAGCUGCCUUGCAGACGCCCCUUCCAAGCUGAAGAUGAGGCUGAAUUUCAGCCACAGACUUUCUCGACAGGCCCAGUGAGUGCACCUGCGGAGGGAAGAGGUUCGGAGGAGCGCCUGCCUCCCAGACACACCUUUCAGGCUCUUGCAGACCCUGAGUAUCAGCAACAGGUUUAUUCAAGUUCUGUGAGUGCUGCUGCUGAGGAAACCAUUUCUGAGAGCAAGCCUAGCUGCUGGUCCCUACCGAGGGACCCCACUUCUCCAAACAAAACCAAGAAACGCAGCCAAAGCUCCGAAAACCUCAUUAAGAACACCCCGACUCCUGCUACCAAACCUGUGAAGUUCACCGUCACUCCUGCCUGGCAAGCAUCCAUUUCUGAAGGCACUUAUUCUAAGGAGGAAGCUCUUGGGAGUGGUGCUCAAAAUAACAGCCAUUCAAAUUCACCCACCAAUGGGGCUGACGUUGAAAAUCUUUUUGGAGUCCGACUGAGAAGAACCUCUUCCUCACAAAAGGGUAAGAGUGGGAAACAAGAUUUUACCAAGCAUCCUUCACACUCCUUGGGCCCAAUUUCAUCUUCCAUAGGUAGAGGACAGCAAAUCAGAAGAAGGGCUUCCACAGGGCUCCUGGGCAGCGCACAGAGCCUCCCCACAGCAUCUAACUUUGCAGAGAGGCUACAGAGGAGGCCCAAAUCUGAAAGCAUGGGCAAGAAGCAACCUGCUUACAGGACCCCAGGAAAAGCUCCUGGUCAACAGUCAGAUUGUGCCACCUCAGAGCCAGCUUGGAUAACCAUGGUGAAGCAGAAGCAGGGGAGUUUCCAGGCCAACAUUCCUGCAAAAGAGCCCAAAACCAAGAAUAGAGCUGGAGCCAAGCCUGAGACUAAGGAGCCUAGAUAUUGGAGAGCUGGCCUUGCAAAUGAAAACCAAUCAAGACGGAUUUUCAGUUCCAAUGUCAAUAGACAGGAGAAAAUGGUACGGAUGAAGCUACCUACGUCUACCAAAGCAGGAUUUGAAGAUGAUAAGAUACUUCAAGUACAUUCUAUGAAGAAGGAAACCAGAAGGUCUUCCACUCUCCCAGUCACACUACAACAGCCGGUUGAGCCAGCUGAGCCAGUCUGGUUCUCCCUGGCCAAGAAGAAAGCCAAAGCAUGGAGCCAGAUGGCAGAAAUCAUUAAAUAAAUAGCUCCUGGGCGGAGUAUCAGCAUUUCAAAUGAUAAUUGCCAAUAGCUGUUAUUAAUGCCACAUAGUGAUUUAUUUACUGUAACCAUUUGUAUUAAGCAAAGGAGCCUUAAAAUGAAAAUUAAAGCUAAUAAUUAUCUGAAUGAAACAAAUGCCAUGAAUGUGUAACCUUCAGUACAGUC